AUGGGUCAUUGGUCGGGAUUUACACAUCACGGCAGAACUGUCAAACUCAACUCGGGGAUAAUGCUGGGAGGAGCGGUGGUACGGGUUCUGGUGAUCUUAGCGGCUCGCUCCUUGGUCAUGCUGCCGUGCUGGACCCACGUGGGCACCCAGGCCGUCCCGGCGCUGCAGUCGGUGCCCCGGGAACCCGAGGCUCCCCCGAGGGUCGACCCGGCAGCCGCAGCCGCCAACCUCCCAAACCAGCGCUUGGAAUACAUAGAGAUGAACGGUUAUCCGGAGGAGGAACAAGACGGGGAAGAAGAUUCCAGCUACACCUCGGAUGUGGACUUGGGCCAGGGCGGCACCCGGGUAGACCCCCGUGGGAGUUGGCUGUCGUUCGUCCAGCACUCCUCCAGGCUCUCCGAGGGCAGCAGCAACAGCAAGAAGUGCGAGAAGAAGAAGAAGAAGAAACGGGAGAGAGAAGACCCGGGCAACUCCAGGAAGCUGUCUGAGGUUGUACCCACCGGGUUGGUGGGCCCCCAAGGGCCGCCUGGCCCGCCAGGCCCGCCCGGCACACAGCUGUCAAAAGAGGAACUACUCGAAGAAUUCAGGGAUCUUAUAAAAGAGGCCGCGGAAAGACGGGCCCAGAUUAUAGUUCAAGAGAAAUGCCCAAGUUGCGUUGCCAAUACCAGCCAAGUGUGGCUGCUCACAGUGAACGAUGACAUAUUGAUGCCGCACCUGCCCAUAGCGUUCCACUGUAAGCUCAGAGGGGGUGUGGACGUACCAAAGAAGAGCCUGAUCGAAGUCUCGAAUUUUCAAACUCCGUUCUCGGAUGGUUCGUUCCGGCGGGGCGACGGGAUGGACGUACGGUCGGGUCGCUUCACCGCACCGCGGGCCGCCAUCUACCAGUUCUCGGCAAACCUGCACAUCCACCACCCGGUGUCGUCCAAGCGGAUCGAGGAGCUACGCCACCGGGACAAUCUACGGCUGCUCAUCUGCAUCAACUCGCUCUGCCAACGGCACACGUCCCUCGAGUAUAUAUCCGGACUGGAGAGUAACAGCAGGGUGUUCACCGUCAACCUUUCCGGCUUACUGCAGCUAGAGGCCGGUCAGUAUGCUUCGAUCUACGUGGAUAACAGUUCAGUGCAGAGGAUCACAGUACAGGCCGGAUCUGAUUUUACAGGACUGCUCAUGGGUGUCUAGCACCCUCUCACGCUCUUCUUUGGACAUUUUGGCCCAACGGACUGGUUAAUUUCCGCACACUGGGGUCUCAGCUGUUCAGCAAUACUGGUAGGCACUAGUUAUGGUGCCGUGGAUUUCGUACGCUAAUUAGGGCAUGUGGCAACUAUUACGUGCUCCGAUUGGACCAAGGAUUAUUCAUUAUUAGUCACGUGAUUCAGUCGCACCGGACUCCAGGAAAGCCAGUUGUAUGUUAAGACUACUACUGCAAAUAGUAGUCUUGAUUCCUGUCUGGGCAUUUAACACUUUGUUAAAUGCACAAAAAAACUAACCAGAAUAUUGGUUCGACGACUGGCGAGUUCAAUUUCAUAUUUUGCUUUAAGCACGGUGCUGUCCCUUGGUUGUUGACCAGCAUUUGGUUUUGAGUCUAGCUUCGCAAUGACAGAAACCCUUCAGUAUAAUGACAGUGCUUAGGCGCAAUUAACAAACGGGUGGAGAUAUAUCUGAUCUUAAACAUGUGAACUCAUCAACAAAACUGGUUGGGUUUAUUGCCCACACAAAAAAAUACGUGAUAUGACCUCGAGUCGAGACCUAAAAGGAACCUGCUUCUUCUUCUUUUAAUAGUGUAAAUAACGUGUACCAUGUAAAUAAAUGGAAAAUUACCUUGUAGAAUUUAGUUCAACGAAAACUGUUAUGAUUUGAAAACACUGCCAGCGAAAGAAAAAGUGACUAUUUUAAAUCAGUGUUCGCGUAUUAUUGUUCCUUUUUUGUUAUUCAGCGGCCCUACAGUAUUAAACGAAGAAACAAAUCCAUGUACUUAAAUAAAAAUCAGUGUACGCUAUAUUUGUGAACUUCAACUGCAGAAAAGUUGAAGUAAUGUGAAUAUUUUGGAAAAAAAAUAUUACGAAAUAUUUAUUUCCACGAUUUUUCUGGUUUCAUUGUUUUUUUUUUAUGAAACUUAAACAUUGAAAUGAAACUCAGAUCGAAACCUUAUUUGUGUGGUUUUGAAAAAUGUGAAGUAAAUUGUUAUUUCAUUUAUUUAUUUCAACUGUACAGCGGAUUAAAAAUACUUUGCGUCUUGCAAAAGUUCUAGAAAAUGAAUAAUAUUUCGCGGAAGGUCUUCUAAAUUUUAUUUUAUUUUCGUUUUUUGAAGAAAUUAUUUAUCGCUGUGAAGUUGUCACUCAGUUUGUUUUCUGCUGAAACAGAUUUUCAUUUUGGCUGAACAUAAUAGUUUAAAAGAACUAAAUAAAUAUAUAAAUGAAAUUUGAUUAUUGGUCCUGUUAAACUUAUAUAAAAUGCCCCCAAAGAUUUUGAUGUUUAAAUAAUUACGCUUGAACAUGUAUUGAAAUGUAUAAAACUUAACGAUAAUUUGUAUUUACACCUUUGUCCGAUACUGCCAUUUUAAAAUGACCUAGUAUUUUACGUGUACGUCAGCAUGUUUUGUUAUAUAUUUCAUUAUUGUAUGCCCUUUCUUUAAGUGUCAUAUUUAUACUUUAUUCUUGAAGAGUCGCUCGACGCAUCUCCAAAAGGAAGCCGAAAUAAUAUAAUGAACAAAAUUUGCCACCCAAAUAAUAACUACAGGGUGAGUAAAAAA